UUUAUUUAUAUCAGAUGACCUGAAUCUUGAAGCACAAUUACAGAUGAGUGACAUAUUGUGUAUAAGUGGAAACUAGGGGCACCACUGAAGGAUCAAAACAUGAUAAUGUGGAAAAGGGGUCAAAAGGCCUCAGUUAGGUUCCACUCUUAUUACGCCCAUUGCCACCCUUGACCGGUAGGUGGCGGUAUCACACAUACCUGACUAGUUUGUUACCGUGAGAAGAAGAACUCCUCAUCUUCCGCCUGGUGAAAGCGUCGGUGGAAACAAACGCCAGGAGUAACUCUCCUCCCCCCCCCCCCCCCACCUCCCUGUGAUUUAAAGGCUCAUUCGUAUUAAGGUGUGGUGGUUGCAGAGUAAUUAAACAUGUCGUCGUGGGGGAAGUCGUCUGCAGCUGCCCGGCGGCCGCCGCCAGUGAACCCGAAUGGAAGCGGUGGUCAACAACUGCGGAUGUUCCGGAGAGCAGCGCCGUAUCCCUCCCGAGGAGAGGAGAGGACCGAGGAGCUCAAGGAUGUGCUGGACAGUUAUGAAGAACUUGAGCAAAUGCAAAACUUCACUGGAAAUGCAAAGUACGAGGCGGCAAAGUACGAGGCGACAAAGUACGAGGCGUACAAGCAUCAGUCGAAUGCAAAGCAGGAGAGCUGCACUCCAGCAGACAGACGUAAAGUCCUCUAUCAGAAGUUCUACAGACAAGUGCAGGAGGAGAGGAAGUCACCUGACUGUGUGGUCCUCUCUGUCACCAACCAGUGCCUGGAUUACCCCCAAUCGCUAAGCCAGUGCUUGCAGGAGCGCGGCCUGUCAGUGGAAAUGCUCUACCUUCAGGCGGAGUCGGGCCUGACCCGGGCCCUGCAGGAUGUCCGAGCCGAGGGCUCCCCGUUAUGUAUUCUGGUGGAGCACACAAACAUAGCUCUGUCCUCCUGCACUGUUAUCAUAUUCUCAGAAUCCCUCAAAAUCCAUCGCAACAUGCCCAAAGAACAGGCCAUGGACUUUGUUGCAGCCGAGUACAGUCGUGGACUCGUCAAAGAGCGCCCGCCGAGGGACCCCGCCGACAUUGCGGCGCAGGCCUCGCAGCUGCUGGAUGAUUUUCUUGAUCGGGAAAAGCUCGAGCGCCACAGCGUGCCCUCCGAUACGCGGCAGCUCCUCAUGCUGUUGGCCGAGGGGGUGCACAUCUACCCCGAGGAGAUGGAAACCAUCUCGGAGUACGUCCGUUCACGGCAAGAGCACAUGCAAGCCUCCAACACUGAUGGGGAGCGAGGCAGCAUGUUGCCUCCAGGACUGGGGAAACCACCUCCUCUGCUCCCGACGCCACCUGGGCCCCCCCAGCCUCAGUCUGGAGGUGGAGACGGGUCCAUGGUGGACCACUGCCCACCACCACGUGCAGCUCUCUUGCCGUCACCAGGUUCAUAUCCCAAAACCAAACCUCCACCGCUGCUGUCCUUGCAUCGGCUUCCCAGUCCAUCACUCGGGGCCCCGGUUUCACGCGGCCCCCCAUCCUCACACAGCCUCUACAAUGCCCCCCCCGGGCCUCGUGGGCCCCUACUACACCAUCCUCCUCAAUACCACCCAGGCUCCAGGGGCCCUCACAGUAGUCGAGGAGCUCCUCCUUCUCUAAAGAGUGCCCGUCCUCCACUGCUCUCAGCUCCAGGUCCCCCUCUUUCACGACCAAGUGGCCCCCGACACUAAGAAAGAACAAGUAUCUCACACACAAACACACGCACACACCAGCUGACUGUCAUUUCACCUAACUCUAGAUGAGAAGACUCGCGUCCCUUGUGUUUUUUUAAAUCGUGUGACCUUUAAAAUAAAAAGUAUAAAAGUC